CGAACUCAGCCACACAGGACAGCCGGCUCCGUUGGCUCAACUUCAAGGGAAAGUUGGAAAGCGCUGCGAGAAAGGCCAACUUUCCCGCCAUCCUCCUUUGCCUUCCGUUAACUUCUACCUGUUGCACCGCUGUUCCAACCAAGCCCCAUUGGACCCGGCCACGCUGUCUCCUGCUUGCUCCGUCGACGAGCGAGCAAGAGGAGGGCCGAGGGACCCGCAGAGCCUCGGGGUGGCCGCCAAGAGCUGCAGCGAGACUCGCGUCCCUCGCCCGGUGGCCGGGAGGCGGCGGCUCUGAGGCGCCCUCCGCUUCUCGGCUGGGGCAGGAGGAGAGGGGCGGAACUACCGCCAGCCAGAGCCCAAACUUUCCCCGGCAUGUGUCCUUGGGCGAGGCACGCGCCCAGCGGCAGGAGCGCGGAGAGGAGGGGAGCCGCGCGCUCGCCCGGGACCCUGGCGGCAGCAUGAGCCCGUGGCGCUGCGCAGCGGCCCAGGAGAGGAGGCCGGGGAAGGGCUGCGCGCUGCGCCUCUGCCUGCUCUCCGCCACCCUCCUCCUCUGCCUGCUGCAGCUGGGGCUCCGGCGCUCCUGGGACGCCGACCAGCCCGCCAAGGAGGCGCGCAAGCCGCCUCUCCCGCCGGGAGCUCGCAGAGCUGAGAAGGCGAGCGAAGCGACCAGCAGGCGGCAGGUGACCUACGUGAGGAGCGGCCGCCGCAGGGGCCCAGCCGAGCCCACCUGUUGCCUCCAGGGGGCGCCCCCGAGCGACGCCCGCAAGAAGACAAUCCGCUGGCACAUAAAUUUGCAACCCUGGGCAAGUCCUACAGCGUCCCUGAAUAACGAAGCCCGCAGGCUCUUGAAAUACAUCAGCACUGCACAGAUUUCAUGUGAUCAUAUGAGCAUGAACAACCUGCCAGGAAACCCCAACAGCUCAAGGAGGCCAUGGUCAAUAUGCUUGGAUGGCCGAUUCAGUUUAGUUCAUCAAAUCAAAAGAAAGCAGUGCCGCCUAUAUUCACUGGGACUGGGCAGUGACAACAACCAGUUUGAGAUCAGCAUGGCCAAUAGUGGAUGUGAGGUGCAUCGCUUUGACCCCAGUAUCAAACUGGCACAUAUUCAGAAAGGACAGCGCCUCUGGUACCAUCGCCUGUCCAUUGACUGGCGGGAUCCAAAUCCAAUGAUCGCAGCUCAUAAGCUUCAUACCAACACCAAGAAACUUGGCACUGUAUUAAAUGACUUUGGACACCACAAGGGAAUUGGCAACAAGUUGGAUUGCUGUAGCCAGCAGGUGUACUUACUGAAAAGUUUGACAAGUGGAAAAAUGCCUAUGAUGUCCAAACAGAAAUGGAAGAUGGGAAACGGCAGGAACAGAAAGGGGAAAGUGCUUGUUAAUUCUCCCACACUCAGCAUCAGCGUGUGAAAGAAUGACAAUGUAGCACCAGGGAAACAGAUUAUACACGGAACAUAAUGCUGGCAAAUGCAUGGUGAAUCAUUAAAGCAACAUUCUUUUGUCUCUCCUGAGGGUAAUUUGCAGCAGGAACAUAAAAUGUUUUUCAGAUGCUCAUGGUGUCCUGGUGAUAAGCACCGCGUAGGUAGAAUGCUUAAGACACAGAACCUGCACACUCCUUUGGCAUCUCCAUUUUUAUGACUGGGCCUACAAUAAUGAAGGUUAGGUGUGCAACAAUAUCAUCAUCAGCAGUAGUAUUAUUGCUAAGUUUAUUGCUUGCCCUUCAGCAGCAGACCUCAGGACAAUUUAAAAUUCAGAAAUUAAAAACAGUUCAAACUGUGCAUUGUGAGAACAAAGGAAGGUGCAUGACACCAAGCCAGGUUCUUUGUCAAUCCAUCCCCAAAUUGUCUAGGGCAGGGGCCAUAACUCAGUGGCAGGGGAUCUGCUAUGUAUGCAGAAAGUCCCACAUUCUAUGCUUGGCAUCUGCAGACAGGACUGGCAGAGACUCCUACCUGAAACCUUGGAGAGCCACUGCCUGUGUAGCUAGAACUAAGCUAGGUGGAGCAAAGUCUGAUAUUGUAUAAAGCAGUUUCCUGUGACUCAAUGUCUCUUGACUGACAGCAGCUUUCCAGGAUCUCAGGCAGCAAAGUGACCCUUUUAGCUAAAUAUGCCAUGGAAUCGGGGAUUGAACUAAGUAGGCAAAGUAUGUGCUAUGCUCCUUCCCUGGAAAUUUCCUACAGUUCCACACUGUAAAAUGAAUCUGGAAAUAAGGAGGGAAAAUCAAUCUUUGGCACAUCAUGAAGCCGCCUUAUCCUAUUCUAUUAAUGUCUGGGAAAAUGUAGUUUUAAUGUGUGCAUGGUGGCAUGACCACCUGUUUUGCUUAGGGGCACAUGAGCAAUAAUGGCAGCAUUGCCCACUUGGACUUUUUGCUAUAGUGAACAGACAGCUGU